GACGACCUUGGACCCGACACAUCCGAGCGAGACCCACCGCCACCGCCUUCUCCUCUCUCUUUCUCCUACCUCUCGCCCCCGUCUUGUCCCCGAGUCCCAAGCGCAAGAACAGCCAAGGAAUCGGCGGCGGCGGCGGCGGCGGCGAUGGUGUGCGCCAAGUGCGAGAAGAAGCUCGGGAAGGUGAUCGUGCCGGACAAGUGGAAGGAGGGCGCCAGCAAUACCAACGAGAGCGGCGGCCGCAAGAUCAACGAGAACAAGCUCCUCUCCAAGAAGAACAGGUGGACUCCCUAUGGAAACACCAAAUGUAUAAUAUGCAAGCAGCAGGUGCACCAGGAUGCAAAAUACUGCCACACCUGUGCUUAUUCGAAAGGAGUGUGUGCAAUGUGCGGGAAGCAAGUGCUGGACACGAAGCUCUACAAGCAAAGCAACGUGUGAUCCUAGAUGUACUAAACUGCUAAUAACUUGUAUGAAAUCUUGUACUUGCAAUCUAGCUGUUGAAAAAUAGUGAUGUGUGCUAUAACAGAAAAAAGUAUGUACUUGACUAACAAUUCUGGAACAUGAAACGUUUCCAAAAUUAAAGCUCCAGCAACUCGAGCUUGUGUCACCUUACAA